AUCAUUUGUCAACAAGGGGGCGCUAUUUAUAAAUGUAACUUUUCUACUAACGAAUAAUAUAAAGAUAAUUUUCUUGCUUUAUAAAACUGAUUAUUUAACUAAAGUAUCAUGACUUUUAAGAAAGUUGUCAAUUACUUAGGAAAGUUAUAUGAAGUACGUAAAACGGAUACUAGUCUAACUUUGAGGAAAUUUCGAUUGAAUUUGAGCGAUAAUGGAAGCUUACUGGCGAAUGGAGAUAUUCUCCUACAUAAAGAAGAGCAAAUAGGAGUAACUAGCUUUGUUGUAAUAGACUGUGAAAUAUGCUUAGCGAGGAGUGAAGGGAGGAAUGGUAUAUGUAUUUUAACUCAAUCAUCAAAAAAACCCAAUUUUAGUGUAUGCUAUGUCGAUGAAGAAUCGGAAGAAUUUCGCCAAUUAUAUAAUUUUAGAUGUAAAAGAUUUAGUAAUAAUCCUAUACAUUUCCUUGACGGUCCGUCAUUAUUAUGGGUCUAUCCUGAAGAUAAUGUCAUAUGCUAUGUUCCAAGUUCGUUCGGUCGUCCAUCUUCCAAGCUCAAAGUUAUUGGAUCGGCAGUUUUCUUCAAGGAUAAAAAGAUAAGAAUAUCUCGUCUACUGUAUUCUAAGAUGUUAUCGGAGAAUUGCUGUGCCAUAAUGUGGAAAUAUUUUCUCGAAACUGAAAAAGAAGAAAGAUUUCAUGGAUUUUUGCUGCACGACGACUCUGCUGAUGAAUUUGACUGCAGUCAACUGAUUCCAAAAGAAUAUCAAUCGGAAAUAACUCGGGAGAAUAAUGUUCGGCAAACUUUUAUAGAUGAUUUUUUGUUGGAUGGAACCAAUCAACUAUUGUUAAUUUACAACGAAACUCCAGAAAAACUUCGCCUUAUUAAUUGCUCACAAAAAGACGAUAUUGUCGAUCGAAAAACGACAGAUAAUAGGAAAGAAACUGACAAACCAUCUGCCACUAUGAAUAAAGUUUUUAGUUCACUUCAUUUAUCCUUACAGCGACAAGCCAACUAUGUUGAGAAAUUGAAAUCACUAUCAAAGCAAAAAGAUGAAUUUAUUCGAGAAUCUUUCCAAGAACUGUCUCUAUUGGACAGUCAGAUCGCAUUUAAAUAUGAUAUAUGGGAAAAGUUCUACAAUAGUAAUUGGAUUAUUGGAAUAGACAGCUCGACCCUACCAGAUUUUUGUGAAUAUAGAUUGAUCCCAUCAAAAAAUACUUUAAAUGACCUAAAUUAUAUGGAGUUGAAUUUCAAGCAAAAGAAAUUUGACGUUAAAAUGUCUGCGCCUCCUCCUCUGAAAACUAAGAAGAAGGAAGAAAAUUCUUAUCAAACUACUUGCUUUAAAUUUAAUAUGGAUGUAGAUUUUCCUAAUGAUUUUAAAUUGGAUUUAUUCGUUUGUUAUUUAAAAGAAGGACGAAGUAAAUUUCUAGAAAAAAUAACCUUCGAUGUCGAUAAAGCACUUAACCCAACAUUCAACGCUUCUUUAUUAAACAUUUCCGAUGAUUUAUUGACUGUCCAAAGAAAUUUGCUUGCCCUGAAUACUGCACAAUUGGAACAAAAAUGGACUAUACGAUCACAAUCGUCAUACAUACCAAUAGAAUUAUUAGUAAACAUAUUGAAACUACGUUUAAAUAGAAAUUGUAACAGUUAUGCGAUAGAUGAAGGAUCUCUAGCCGGCAUACGUCUAACUAUAGGAAAGGAAUCAAUCUCAACUCUUAAAUUGACUUGUUUCGCCAAUGACAACGGUCAAAUGAAAUUGUUGAAAUGCGCCUUGAGAAAGCAUUUGCCUGCAGAUUCCAACUUAACUGACCAGUAA